AUGGCGCAGUACCGAUAUUGCAAGGAUAUUCCUGUACGCCUUGUUGCUGUCUCCAUCACUGUCCCCUCCCUCAUCAGUUACUAUUCUGCUCUACCACCACAUAUUGCUGAUAAACUACGUGACAAGGGCUUCCUCUCGGACCUGGAGGCCCAUAUCGAGACUAGACUCGGUCGUAUGUCCGCCCGGGACAUCUCCCUUAUAUCUCGCUCUACUACUACUAUCGGAAUCGAUCGGAUGACGGAAGCCUUCCUUCGAUCGAAGGAGAUACAGACCGGCAAUCUGCUUUACUAUUGCGUCACCUUGCUCAAGGCAGGAGUCAGUAGACCCCCUGUUACCUUCAUGAACCGCCUGAGACGUGAGAUCGACGCCACGUUCACGCAGCUGAAACCGGCCCAUAUCGAACGCUUCCUGCAUGUCUUCAUGAACUUUGAAUGCUUCAGUGAUGAGAGGAUCCUAAUAUGCCUAUCCCGUGCUACGGAGUCCAAUUUGGACCGUAUGAGUCAGCGCAGACUCAGAUCGAUAUUGUUGGCUUUUCAUCGGCUAUGCAAGCCUACUAACUCGUUACUGCCGCAACUAGCUGCUCGGGUUCGGGCCGCUGUCCCGAGGGAGUCGAUACAUGCCGAGACCAUAGCUUUGCUUAUGCGUGCAUUUGUGGUAGAGUCGCCUCUCAAACAACAGCAGAACACUCGCCUCAUCUUGACUGACUUGGGCCGACAACUCGUGGAACGAUUGCGGUCCGCUACAAAAGGUGCGACUCCGCGGCGAUCCUCUCAUUCCCAACUGUGCGAUGUGGAGCCACUCGGAAUGCGUAAACUUGAUGGGAGUGGUAUCGCUCCAGAUGAAACUACGGCAUUAUCACAAGGCGUUGAGCGUUGGUCUGCUAGGGUUAUCAGCCAUUCUCUGGAGGAUGAGAGGAAGGCUGGUAUUCAUCCUACACCACCGUCGACUGUUAUUACGAGGUACUCGACACCGCAAGCGGAGACCAACGGUAUUGCUAGUAUACGGUAUGAACCCGUUCAUGAGGGAGAUAGAGAUGCUACAGUGGAUGGACUGGACGAGGAGCAAUUGGCAGUUCUGAAGCAGAUGGAAGAGGAGGUAGAGCUUAUGAGAGAGAAGAAGCAACAGGAGAUUACUGGCGUUAACUUGGCGACUGCUGUUGGAGGAUCCUCCAUGUCUGUUGAUCUUGGACCUCGAGGAGAAUAUGACGACUUCAUUAACUCAGAUAGAGUGCCACGCUUGAUGCACGUCGUAGCCGGUGGUCGGCAUCCUGCUCAUCACAGACUAGUAAGGAAGUUGAGGCGUAUGGAGAGGAAGCUCGCCGAUAUCAAUCCGGGCGAGGAUGAAUAUGACGAACCC